AAGUGUAAAAAAAAUAUUGAUGUGAUCCAGUCAAAGCUGACAAAUAAUAUAAGCAACAAAAAAAAAAGUCAAGUCUGGGAGGAGAUUACCAAGGAGGUAAAUGCUGUUGGCCGAGCGAAUCGCUCCGUCCAAGAAAUAAAAGACAAGUGGAAGAACCUCCACUCAACAGCCAAAAAAGAAUUUAGUAAUUACAAGAAAGAGUACAAGAAGACUGGCGGUGGACCUCCACCCAAGCCCCCUUCCCAGUCAAGUGAGCAAAUCAUAGAAAUUUUUGAGGACACACCCGCCUUCUCCGGACUGGGGGGAUUUGAGACUGGUGGCGGCGAAGGGCUUGGUGAGAAAGCUUAUGUAAAUAUUUCAUUGUUUUACUGGUCAUGUGAUUUCCUAGAAAGCUGUAGCUUUGUCCGCCAUUUUUGGUAUGUUUUAUCUGGGAACCUUUCGUGGAGCAUUUUAAGAUAAGUACUUAAGUGUUUAUUAUUUUGCAGAGUUUCCUCCCCAUUUUCUGCCAUUUUACUUUGCGAAAUUACCAACUCGAUGAUCCCCGACAGCAGCAAAAACGGGGUUAACUUCGGUGUAAGAACCUGUGAACUUUGUUUUUCUUGGUUCUGUUGUCUUCUUUGAAUUCUCUCUUACACCGAGAAACGUUCGAAUGUAGGCUCUGAUGAACUCGUAAUUCGAGAAUAAGAAUUUGUUCUCCUUUGCUUUUCAGUGAAAAGCUUACUUUUUUUUUUUUAUAGUCAAGCUUGCAUUAAUGUUUCGAAGGCAAGUUUUAUUUCGAUGUAACAACAUAGGAACGGGUACCCUGCGAGCAGAGGCCCUUCGAUCUUCCUAGAUAAGUCGGGAAGAGGAAGGGACGACUUAUCUAGGAAGAUCGAAGGGCCUCUGCUCGCAGGGUAAGGAACGGGUCAACAGCGAAGGAAAUCUCAAUCGCAGUAAUAGAAGGACUUGAAAAAAGGCCACUGAGUGCUUAUAAAAGACAUCAAUACAAGCUUACGUAAAUAUCCUAUCUUUUUCAACAUUUCACCUAUAGUUCAAAUUUCUGGUGCUGAAUGCACAACAUUUUCUUGAAUUGAAUAUAGUAGAACCAGCUGAAGCAGAUAUUGUGGAAGACCAACAAGAUUUACCAACGCUAUCGAGUGAAGAUAUGAUGAAACUUGGUCUGAUAGCACAGGUUAAGGAAGAUCAUUCACCGUUGCCACCAAAUAGAAAGAGACGAAUUUCACAAGCUGAUAUUCUGGAAGAGCAGCAAAAGGCAUUAAAGCUGCAACAAGAAAUGCUAGAGCUAAAGAAAACAAAGCUUCGAAUGGAAAUUCUUCUUAUCAGCAAAAAA